GAUCUACGAGCCGGUGUUGCUUUUCUGCCGGACCCGGGGUUCAGCAAGAAGUUCGAGAAGGGAUGGUAUUGCGCCGCCCUGCAAGCUUCGGUACUCGCCCCUGCGACUAUCCUUUCAGACCCCGGCGCGACUGCAGCGUAGAAAGGCCCCUGACACAGCGCCGGGCUGCCGCUCGAGGGUGGAUGGCUGAGCUGAGGCGAUCUUUAGCCGUUUCCAGACAACCCAGGCGGAGGAGAGAAGGUGUGGAGAGGCGGUGUGCUACGGUAAUGACGAGUAGGGGGAUGAGGAGACCAUGAUGGUGCAUCGCAAGAUCGACGUCUGCGGGAAUGUGGAAUGUUGUAGUCUUGUGCUCCCUCUACGAUGGCUAUUCGAGUUUAGUCUGCGCCAACGAAGGGCAGUUGACAGAAGCUUUGCGUACCGUUGCCUUCGCAGCCCGUCGACGGAACAUUUCACGACCAUUCGUACCCGUCAUGAUCUUGCAUGUCUCACGGACGGUGGUAGGCCACCGACUGCGGAGGUCACGAUGGGCCACCAGGCACUCUCUGCUGCCGGUCACGUCUGGAGUAAUGCUACACGUCAGAUGACAAGCGGCAAGAAGUUGCGCCAGAAGUACAAUGAGGUUACUUCGAGGGCUUGUCUCCGGCCACACACCGCCAUCACCACGCCCUCCGGAAAUUUACUUGUAGCCGCCCAAACCACGACAACAUUUACAUCCCCGUCCGAACUCAUUCCAGCACAAACUCCUAGUUCGAGACUUCACAGCCAUACACGUUGUCGAUGAACACCACCGCGUCCGCCGUGGAGACCGAUGCAUCCGCCACGCCAAUGGUGAAGUUUUGCAGGUUGGUGAAGCUGUACUCCGCCUGGGUAACCUCGCACAGUACCAUGCUGGCAGGGUCGGAAGCUGGGGCGAAUGCGCAUGUAAACUCCGGCACCUGUUGGCCGU